GCAAUGUUGAAACAAUCCCCCCCCUACUGGGUAAGGUGGGGAGGAGAAGGUCACGGGGUCAGGGGGCGGAGUCUACGGGCGGCACGAGGACGGUGCGGUUCCUGGGUGGCGGAUUGGACAUAGGAUUGGAUAAAAAUGGCGUCGAGAGCAGAGGAAGUUAUGAGUGACGACCGCUUCAGGCAGGUGAUGAAGGACCCCAGGUUCUGGGAGAUGCCCGAGAAAGAACGCAAGAUCAAGAUCGACAAGCGGUUUCAAGGGAUGUUUCACGAGAAGAAAUUUAAACUGAAUUACACCGUGGAUAAGAGGGGGAGACCGAUCAACCACAGCACAACGGAAGACCUGAAGCGCUUUUAUGACUUGGACUCUGAUGAUUCCGACUUGGAUGAUGAUGAUGAACCUGGAAAGAGCAAACAAAGAGAGCUGGGGGGAAAACCGAGGCAAGGAAGAAAGAGUGGUUCCGGAAAAGCUUUGAAAGGCAGCAUGCUGAUGGAUAAAAAGAAAAAGCAGAGUCUAAACAAAGGGACAAAAUCAAAAAUGAUAAAAGAACUGGAAACUGAGAGCCCCAGUGACAAUAUCAGUACUGACGUUAACAAGAAAAAGCUUAAAAUAACAGCGAGUGAAAAGACGGCAUUUAAAGAUGAGCGCUCUGAAAGCAGUGAAGAAGAGGAGCGAGCCGAUGAGAUGAAAAAUAAACCCGCUUCUACCCUUAAACUGCAGAAGAAAAGUAUUGUCGGCAAUCAAGAAGGAAUAAAACCAUUUGUAACAGAGAACAAUACAAUUAAAACAGGUGCUUCAGAAGAUGAUAGUGAUUUAGAAAGCGACGAUGACGUUAAUGAUGAAGGUCACUGGAGUGAAAGUGACUCUUCAGGAACAGGCAGACAAAGCCGGGAGGAAGAAGAUGAAAUCACGGCAGACAGUGAAGAUGAAGAGUAUUCAUCCGGAGGUGACAGUGAUAGCGACAGUGGUCCUGAUUUGGCCAGAGGGAAAGGAAACAUUGAAACAAGCUCUGAUGACGAUGACUAUUUUGAAGAACCGUUAGUAAAUGAGCCAGAAAUUGAACACAACUGGGGAGAACUGGAUAAGGAAGCCCUACGUGGAGAUACGGUCACUCGGCGAUUUGCAGUUUGCAACCAGGAUUGGGACAAAAUGAAGGCAAAUGAUCUGAUGGUGUUAUUCAAUUCUUUCAUCCCCAAAGAUGGCGCUGUAUUGUCUGUGAAGAUCUACCCUUCAGAAUUUGGAAAGGAAAAAAUGAAAGAGGAGGGAUUACAUGGGCCCACAGAAUUACUGGGGAAUAACUUACCGGAAAAUGAAAAUGAAGACACCAGUGAGCAAAGAAUUAUCCGGGAAAAAGUGCGGGAGUACCAGUUCAAACGACUGCAGUACUACUACGCAGUAGUGGAAUGCGAUUCUCCUGAAACGGCCAAUAAGCUCUAUGAGGAAUGUGACGGGAUGGAAUAUGAAAGCAGUAGUUCCUUUCUGGAUCUCAGGUUUAUACCAGACGAAUUAACAUUUGAAGAUGAGCCAAAGGAUGUUGCCGCAGAUGUGGAUUUAGCAGCGUACAAGCCAAAAUAUUUCACUUCAGCAGCACUCAGCUCAUCAAAGGCAGAACUAACAUGGGAUGAGACAGACCAUGAGCGUGUUGCUACAUUGACAAGACGAUUUCAGAAGGAUGAGAUUAAGGAGAUGGACUUCAAUGCCUACUUGGCUUCUUCAAGCGAGGAAGAUGAUGAAGCAGACAUAGUGGAGGAAGAGGAGUCACAACAAGCUGACAUUACGGCAGCAGUUAACACAAAAAAGGAUGAUGAACAGAUUUCAAAAUAUAGAGAGCUACUGAGAACAAUACAAGGGAAGGAAGAAAAAACUAAAGACAUGGAAAUGGAGAUUACCUGGGUCCCAGGUCUAAAAGAAACAACAGAAGCAAUGGUAAAGAAGAAAUUGGAGAAUCAAGACAGUUUGACGCCUUGGGAGCAUUAUCUAGAGAAGAGAAAGGACAAGAAGCGGGAGAAGAGAAAGCAAAAGAACAAAAUUGAAGAUCAAGAGGCAGAGGAAUUGAGUGACGACGAGGUUCCAGCUGAUGUAGAUUUGAGUGAAUCCUUCUUCACAGAUGAACUGGGGCAGUCGGCACCACAGCUGAAGAAAGCGAGCAAAAAGAUCCAAAGGUCCAAGAAUAAACCAUUGACGCCAGAAGAUGAAGCCAAUUUAGAGAAAGAAAAGGCAGAAAUGGCCUUGCUGAUGAUGGAUGAUGAAGAGGAAGACCGAAGACAUUUUAAUUAUGACAAAAUAGUGGAACAACAGAAUCUUAGCAAGAUGAAAAAGAAGAAACUUAUUAAAAAGCAAGAGCUCCUUGGAAAAGACAACUUCCAGGUGGACGUUACUGACCCUCGGUUUCGAGCCAUUUAUUCUUCACAUCAUUUCAAUCUGGACCCUUCAGACCCCGGUUUUAAGAAGACUAAUGCCACACAGUCUUUUCUGCAAGAGAAGUCAAGACAGAGACAAGAGCAGCAGAAGCAGGCAGCAUCUCUUGCGGGAAAGAGUGAGAUUUCUGGAGAGGAAACGGUGACUGUCAAGAAACCUGUAGACCAUGGACUUUCCUUACUUGUAAAAUCAGUGAAAGCAAAAACAGAACAAUUUCAAGCCCGAAAGAAACAAAAAGUUGUCUAACACAACCUGUGAACAAAGAUGGAAAUCAUUUUUAAUUUGAAAUAUUCCUCUAAGUUUUGAGUGUGUACAUUUGUGAUAUUGCAUGGAAUCAAGUGUAUGAAAAGUAAAUUUUUGGGAUAAUUUUAAAUCU